AUGUAUUUGGAAACUAGAAGGGCUAUUUUUGUGUUUUGGAUUUUUCUCCAAGUUCAAGGAACCAAAGAUAUCUCCAUUAAAAUUUACCAUUCUGAAACUAAAGACAUAGACAAUGCCCCAAGAAUCGAAACAACUGAAAGUGCUGCAAAAAUGUACAAAGUGUCAACCAUGAAACGAAUAUUCGAUUUGGCCAAGCAUCGACCAAAAAGAUCAACAUUUUUCCCUACCGGCGUUAAAGUCUGUCCACAGGAAUCCAUGAAACAGAUUUUAGCCAGUCUUCAAGCUUAUUAUAGAUUGAGAGUGUGUCAGGAAGCAGUGUGGGAAGCAUAUCGGAUCUUUCUGGACCGCAUCCCUGACCCAGGGGAAUACCAGCACUGGGUCAGCAUCUGCCAGCAGGCGACCUUCUGCCUCUUUGACAUUGGACAAAAUUUCAGCAACUCCCAGGAGCACCUGGAACUUCUUCAGCAGAGAAUAAAACAGAGACACUUCCCUGAGAGAAAAGAUGAAAUGUCUACAGAGGAGAUAUUAGGAGAGCCUGGUGAAACCCCUGUGUUUUCUGCAGAUGUCGCCAAUGUCUCGCUCGGACCCUUCCUUCUCACUCUUGGUGACACAUUCCUCAAUGACACCAUGAUGCCUACAACAGAAAGAAAAAUAGAAUCCUCGGAGGGCCCACUGGAGCAGAAGGUGGAACUGAGCAUCACUCUAGCAAACCAGAGGUUCACCACAGAGCUCGCUGACCCCCAGUCCCCAUAUUAUCAGGAGCUGGCAACAAAGUCUCAACUGCAGAUGCAAAAGGUAUUUAAGAAACUUCCAGGAUUCAAAGAAAUCCAUGUGCUAGGAUUUAGACCAAAGAAAGGAAAAGAUGGUUCAAGCUCCGUAGAGACGCAACUUAUGGCCGUCUUUAAGAGAGAGAGUGCAGAAGCAAAAAGCCCAGCUAGUGACCUCCUGCCUUUUGAUUCCAACAAAAUUGAGAGUGAAGGAGUCCCUCAUGGAGUGAUGGAGGAAGACAAGCAGCCAGAAAUGUAUCUCACGGCUUCAGACCUCAAAAAUCUAAUCAGCAGAGCACUAGAGGAAGACAAAUCCUUGGAUGUGGAAACAAUUCAGUUCACUGAUGAAUUUUUGGGGUCAUUGCCAGGCUCUGGUCCCAACUUCCAGUUGGUGCUGCCCACACGCCUUGCCGAUAUCACAAAGGACACUAUAUUGAGUCCAGAACUUCCUCUUGAUCAAUCCAGUCUUGAGACAGUGGACAGAACAGGACACAGUCCACCUGACAGUGUUUGGUCUCCACCUGCUUCCUUAUCAGAUACUCUACCUUUCUUUACUGCCUCGAGCAUCUUCUCUCUAACUAAUCAAAGUUCCACAGACAUAAUGCGGGUUGACCAGACGGUACUAAUCCCAGGACUAACCAUCCCCACAGAUGAUUACUCUGCCAUCAGCCAAUCAGCUCUGGAAAUCUCACAGCCAUCUACAGCAUCAGGCAGCCAGGAUCUAGUGAGAGACUUCGACAUAAUGGAUCUAUUGGAUACUCCUGCCUCUUCUGAGCUACCAAGACUCAGUGGAUAUGUUUCUACCCCGGAUCAUUUCUUGGAGAAUAUCACACCUAGCCCUGCUUUACAGUACAUCACCACUAGUUCUAUGACCAUUGCCAGCAAGGGCCAAGAACUAGUGGUGUUCUUCAGUCUGCGGGUCGCUAACAUGCCCUUCUCCAACAACCUGUUCAACAAGAGCUCUCUGGAAUACCGAGCUCUGGAGCAACAAUUCACACAGCUGCUGGUUCCAUAUCUGCGCUCCAAUCUUACGGGAUUUAAGCAACUUGAAAUACUUAACUUCAGAAAUGGGAGUGUGAUUGUGAAUAGCAAGUUGAAGUUUGCUAAGUCGGUGCCAUAUAACCUGACCAAGGCUGUGCAGGGGGUCUUGGAGGAUUUUCGUUCUGCUGCAGCCCAACAACUCAACCUCGAGAUAGACAGCUACUCUCUGGACAUCGAACCAGCUGAUCAAGCAGACGCUUGCAAAUUCCUGGCCUGCGGCGAAUUUGCCCAGUGUGUAAAGAAUGAGUGGACCAAGGAAGCAGAGUGUCGCUGCAGACCAGGGUACGAGAGCCAGGCACGCCUGGACCGCCAGGACUCCGGCCUCUGCACCCCCAUAGAGGGAUGUGAGGCCAUCCAGGGAAAGGGAGCUCCGUGCAGGUCACCAGGUCACUCUAAAAAUCAAGCCUACAAAACUAGCGUUAAAAAGUUCCAACAUCAGCAAAAUAACAAGAUAAUCAGGAAAAGAAAAUCUGAAUUAUUGGCUGAAGGAGAUGAAGAAUUUAACUAUCAAGAUUGAGAGGGAAAUUAA